AGCUGGCCAGGAGUUUCAUGAGGUUCUCCGCUGCACAGACCCAGCAGCCUCACCAACAAACAGAUGGAGGGAAAUUUAUCAAAGGAGAAUGGCCACACGUUACCAGCUCAUAAGGAGGGGCAAGAGGAGAUGGAGGUUACCGUGACAACACAACUAGAAAAUCUCAUCGUAACCCCGGCCAAUGCAGACCCAUCAUCAAAUACAGCAACCCACCCAGAGGAACCGGGAGGUGUCCACACACACUCGCCAGCGGCAACGCUUCCUUUACACACUGUUUCUAAGACAGAGGACUGUGACGACGAUGAGUCAGAAGACUCAGACAGUGACAGCUCUUCCUCCUCCUCUUCGUCCUCUUCAUCCUCAUCCUCCUCUUCUCCCACUGCCCCCAUUUUUGAGGAUGAUGAUGAGGGUUUUAGCCAGCCGGCACCCAUCAAAACCAGGGAUGAAGUCCUGCUCGAGGAGCUGCCGGCAGUGGAGGAGGUGUCGGUGUCAUUACCAGAAGAUGCACAACUGCAGCCUGUAGGAACAGUCUCCAGUAUUAUACAGCAACUUGUUAUAAUCCAGUCUCUGAAAGACACGCCCCCUCUGACUGACGACAGCAUCAUCUUUAGAUCUGAUAGGCUGGCUGUUGGCAAGGUCUUUGAGGUGUUUGGUCCAGUGUCCAGUCCGCUGUACGUCUUACGUUUUAACUCUGCGGACGAGAUAAGCAGCAAGGGGCUGACGGAGGGACUGGCUGUUUAUUACGCACCGGCCAUCAAAGAGUACACAAAAUACAUCCUCACACAACAGCUCAAAGUGUAUAAAGGAUCUGAUGCGUCCUGGAAGAAUGACCAAGAACCACCAGUGGAGGCUUUAGAUUAUAGUGAUGAUGAGAAGGAACAAGAAGCAAAGAGGAAAGGGAAGAACUCCAGAAAGAAGAGGGACAACAACAACACCGAUAAUCCUGCCCACGUUACCCAGAACACCUUGCUGCAGCAGCGCAAUACCAGAGGUUUCCCACCAAGACACGCAGGAGCUCCACUCAGGCACCAGAACCUGACAAAUAACACAGCAGCUCCACCCAGACACAUACUCCCACCACCCAGACACACGCAUGUCCCUCCCAUGUACCGCCCCCCUCCCUGCCCCUACCCUCCUCCCCCUCAUCACAUUUUUCCCCCACCCAACUUCCCUCUGUAUCCCCCCCCUCCUCCCUCUUUCUUCAAUCCAUCUUUCUCCUCUCCGCUUUGGCCACCGAACGCUGUCCCCUUCUCUGACCUCCCCCCUCCUCCUCCCCCCCCUCCACCCCCACCUCAGUGAUGCUCUGUACAUGUAUGCACUGAGCUGCUGGGGACUUGAUGUUUAGGUUCAUGUGUAAUGUGUGUGUAGACUGUCGGAGAGCUGGAUGAUUUCUUAAUGGAGCUGGAAGAGCCCACCACAUAUUCUCUCAUUGCAAUGUUUUUUUAAAAGUUUUUUUUAAUAAUUUAAUUUUUUCUGACAUCUGGACCUCCUGAGAGGAAGUAUCCUGAUCAAAAUGGUAUUUUCUAUUUGUCAUAGUCCAAGUAAAUGUAAACAUUUUCUUUAUCAAAUGUCACUCAAAGCAACACUAAAGAACCUUUUUAGAAAGCUUUUGGUCCAUUACGGUUGUUGUAAUGUCUCAGUCGAACAACAGAUCCCCCGCCCGAUCUGGCACACUUGUGUAAUGUCAUGUCAUGUAAUGGACAAGUCCUCUUCCAACCUGUAGGGGGACCGAACUGGGAAAAGUUCUCUAGUGUUGCUUAUAACCGUCCACACAUGCACACUGAAACACCGCAGAGACAACAGGCUGCCUUUCAUUAUGAGUUGAACCUCAAAAUCCAAAUCAUGCUGGGACUCGAGACUGAACAAACAACUACAUGCAGCCAAGCAUUCGAUUCCCCCUUAACACAAAGUAAUCUAUUCUGGGUUAAUGAACUUUGAACAAACCCGAGACAAAGCUGUGUAUCCCGGUCAGUGGAUUCUUUAUAAUAAAUCAUUUUACUAUGGAGGACUUUUAUAAGAGAAAGUGUGCAAAUGAACUACUUUCUCUUGCUCCAGUAUAGUGGUAAACGCUAUUAUAAUAUGAUCAAAAAUAACAGUCCGAUAGAGAAUAGAGGGAGCCUGCUGUUUUUAUCUGUGUGAUGGGGAGUAAGAUGUACACAUGCUAUGACUUCUUCUGAAUCUCAAUGAAAUAUGUUUGAAUGUCAGUAAAGGCACCAGAGCCAACAAGUGUCACAUGA